GGAUUCUACGCAAUACGCCAUACGACCGGUCCGUAUACAAAAAUAAGAAAGGGAAAAAGUAAAAAGAGUUUGUUCGUGGGCACUACGCGACCCUCUAGCACAGCUUUCGAGACGGAGAGAAAGCAAAGAUGAUGAUAAGCUUCUGGCGUAGUGAGGAAGACGAUCAAUGGAUCGAAGAAGUUCGUGAACUCAUAACGAAUGAAAUGAGUUUGGAGUGAAUUUAUCACUGGAAAUUCGCUCAUCUCAUCCUUUUGCAACCAACACAAGUCUUCUAGCCUGCUCUACAGAGUGGAAGCUUGCUGUGAUGUUUGAGUUCUCUAAGGCCAAUUCUCUACAUUAAAUUUUCACCACCAGGCUUGUAAUUUUAUUGAUGGAUUCUAUGAGGAUUGCAGGAACCUCCUCCUCCUCUUCUACCCCACGAUGGACUUAUGAUGUCUUCUUGAGUUUUAGAGGUGAAGAUACCCGCAACAACUUUGUUAGUCAUCUCUACACUGGUUUACAGCAGAAAGGAAUUUACACCUACAAAGAUGAUGAAAAACUUGAACGGGGAAAGGAAAUUUCUCCAGAGCUCCUGAAGGCUAUUGAAAGUUCAAGGUUCUCAAUCAUCGUUUUCUCAAAAAACUAUGCUUCUUCAACGUGGUGCUUGGAUGAACUUGUGAAGAUCCACGAAUGCAAGAAGGUUAUGGGACAAAGGGUUCUGCCAAUAUUCCACAAUGUUAACCCAACAGAAGUACAGAAACAGGGGGGUUGUUUUGGGAAAGCCUUUGCGAAACAUGAAAAUUUAAAGGGAAAAAUAGAGAAGGUCCAGAGAUGGAGAACAACUCUAAUGGAAAUUGCUAAUUUAUCCGGAUGGGACACACAGGAUAGGUCCGAGUCGAUCGUCAUCAAGGAAAUUAUCAAUGCUAUAUUGAACGAACUAAUUAGUACAUCCCCAAGUGAUGCUGAGAAUCUAUUUGGGAUUAAAUCUCGUGUAGAUCACAUGAAUUCUUUGUUAUGUACUGGGCAAAAUGGCAUUCAUUUUGUAGGUAUCUAUGGCAUGGGUGGCAUAGGCAAGACUACUAUUGCCAAAGUUGUUUAUGACCAAAUUUCAGAUGAAUUUGAAGGUUCUUGCUUUCUUUCAAAUGUCAGAGAAGGUUCAAAAGAACAUGGUCUUGUUCAUCUUCAGGAAAAACUUCUUUCCAGAAUCCUAAUGGAAGAGAAUGUUGAUAUUGAUACUCCUAGUACAGGAACCCAUGCUAUAAAGGAAAGACUUUGUUCCAAAACAGUUCUUAUUGUUCUUGAUGACGUAGACACUUUGGAACAGUUAGAAGCAUUGGCUGGAAGGCACAAUUGGUUUGGUUCUGGAAGUAGAGUAAUCAUAACUACGAGAGACGAACAGUUGCUAAUUGCACAUGGAGUGGCAAAAAGGUAUAAAGCAAAGGAACUGGAUCCUGAUGCUGCCAUUCAACUCUUUUGCUCUAAAGCUUUUAGGGAAAAAUAUCCUCGAGAACAAUAUGCAGAACUCACAAAAGCAGUAAUUCAAUAUGCUCAAGGCCUUCCAUUAGCUCUCAAAAUUUUAGGUUCUUUUCUUCGUGGCAGAAGCAUUUUAGGAUGGGAAAGUGUGUUGAAAAAACUGAAAGAAAGUCCUAAUGGAGAAAUUCAUGAAAUACUUCAAAUAAGUUACGAAGGAUUGGACAAUACAGAGAAGGAUUUAUUCCUAGAUAUUGCAUGUUUUUUUAAAGGUGAUGACAAAGAGUAUAUUACAAAUCUACUAGAUAGUUGCAAUUUGUACCCAGGUAUUGGGUUGAGUGUUCUUGCUCAGAAGUCUCUUAUAACUAUUUUAGACAACAAUGUUUUAAUGCAUGAUUUGUUGCAAGAAAUGGGAAGGGAAAUUGUUCGACAGGAAUCUCACGAAGAUCCUGGAAAGCGUAGCAGAUUGUGGUCUCAGGAGGAUGUUUCUCGCAUAUUAAUGAACAAAUCGGGGUCUGACGUAAUUGAAGGCAUAGUCCUGGAAUUGUCUGGAUUGGAAGAGUUGAACUUCAGCGCAAAAGCCUUUGCAGUGAUGAAAAAAUUGAAACUUCUCAAAGUUUGUGAUGUGCACUGUCCCGAAGGCUUUAAAUACUUCACUAGAAAAGAGUUAAUAUUUAGACGUGAUUUUGUGGGGAUUAAUGAGCUUGAGAUACAUAGAGAUUGUAAAGUCCAACUUUCUGGAGCCUUUGAAUUUCUUUCUAGUGAAUUAAGAUGUUUCUAUUGGUAUGCUUUUCCCUUGAAAUCUUUGCCUCCUGAAUUUCAUCCAGAGAACCUUGUCGAACUUAACUUGUGCCACAGUCGUAUUGAACGACUUUGGGAUCAUUCCAAGCUUCUUGGAAAAUUGAAAUUCCUUAAACUUAGUCAUUCCCAACACCUGACCAAAACUCCAAGCUUUGAAGGGGCCCCCAACCUCGAAAGAUUAAUUCUUCAAGGCUGUAAAAGAUUGGUGGAGGUUCAUCCAUCCAUUGGAGUUCUCAACAAGCUCAUUUUGUUGGAUCUAAGAGACUGCAAGAACCUUGGGAGUCUUCCAAGUAGCAUUUGUAUGUUACAAUCUCUUGAAAGACUCUAUCUUUCUGGUUGCUCAAAACUUGACAGGUUGCCACAAAAAUUGGGUAAUAUAAAAUCUUUAGUAGAGCUGUGUGCAGACAGAACUGCUAUUAGGCAGGCACCUCUCUCCAUUGCACUUUUGAAGAACCUCGAAGUUUUUUUUAUUGGUGGAUUUAAGCAGACGGUGCGUGAAUCAUGGAGUUCACACUUCUUGUCCAUGUUUUUCCCAAGUAAAUGUCAAAAUUCAAUUAGUUUGCUGUUGCCGCCUUUGUCAGGUUUCUCCUCAUUGACAAAAUUAGAUCUCAGUGACAGCAACUUGUUGGAAAUACCCAAUGACAUUGGCUGCUUAUGGUCUUUGUGUGAGUUAAAUCUCAGUGGAAACAAUUUUGCUAUCAUACCUUCAAGCAUCAGUCAACUUUUCAAGUUAUGGAAGCUUUACUUGGAGGGCUGUGCAAGACUCCGAGAAUUGCCUCAACUUCCAUCACAUAUUGAUCUUUUAGUUGCAGAUGGUUGCACAUCAUUAGAAAGACUGUCAAAUCCGUUCACGCUUAAAUCUUGGCAUAUAAGAUUCUCAAAUUGCUUGAAAUUGGUUGAGAAUCAAGAUAAUGACAACUUGGCAGACAUAUUACUACAGAGUCAGCUUCAGACUCCCAAUACAUGGUUUGAUUCUGAAAUUGUCCUUCCUGGAAGUAAUAUUCCAAAAUGGUUCAGUCAUCAGAAUAUUGGGGACUCGGUAUCUAUCCAGCUAGUUGGAAAUUCUUGUGAUAUCAUAAUAGGAGUUGCUAUCUGUGCCAUUUUUAAGUCUGGAGAUUCAACCUGUCCCAGCAUUGCAUCAUGCUUUUACGGAUGGAACGACUCUUUUGAUGAAUUUGAAUGUAGCAUCUAUUGUAGCCCCCAGCCAGAUUUUAGAUCAAAUAAGGAGCAUGUGUGGAUUGGUCAUCAGAAGUUUACAGAAUUUGGUGAACUUUUUGAAAAUUCUAAGAAUGUUGAUUUGUUUAAAUUUGAAGUUAAUUUUAAGGAUUCCUCAGAUUCUGACUUUGUGUUAGAGAAGUGUGGCUUUCGUCUACUAUACGAGGAAGAUUUGGAAGAAAACAAUAAGGAUAUUAUCCAAUACAUCAGUCCAUCUGAGAACUUGAAUGCGGUAGAAAUACAGGAAGAAGAUCUUGCACUCAAAAGAAACUAUGAAGCGAUGAAUGCUAGUGGAAGUGGCUGCUCUGAUGAAGAUCCUCUCCCCAAAAGAUUGAGAGGACAAUUGGAUUCAACGGCUAAGCUUAAGGGAAAGUCUUGCCAAACUCAAAUUUGGGAUUUUAUGAAGGAUUCUUCCUCUUAUUCUUCUCCUCAAUAUCAUGUUUUUCUGAGUUUCAGAGGUGAAGAUACUGGCAACAACUUCACCGAUCAUCUCCAUGCUGCUUUGCAUCAAAAGGGCAUCAAAACCUUUAUUGACAACAAACAAAGGAGAGGUGAAGAAAUUUCAUCUGCAUUUCUUCAAGCAAUUGAAGAUUCAAGCUUCUCGAUUGUUGUUUUCUCGGAAAACUAUGCUUCUUCCUCAUGGUGUUUGGAUGAACUUGUGAAGAUCCUUGACUGCAAGAAAGCAAUGAAUCAAGUGGUUCUGCCGAUCUUCCACAAUGUGGAUCCAUCUGAAGUUAGGAAACAAACGGGGAGUUAUGCUAAAGCCUUUGCUAAGCAUGAAGAAGUUUUCAGGGAUAAAAUGGAGAAGGUGCAAAUGUGGAGGGUAGCUUUGGCAGAAGCUGCUUCAAUAUCUGGUUGGGAUUCGCGAGAUAGGUCUGAAUCCGUCUUUAUUGAGAAAAUUGUCAAAUUUAUAUCGAAUAGAUUGAUUCGUACAUCUUCAAGCGACAUUGAGGGCCUAGUUGGAAUUGACUCACGCCUAAAAGAGAUGCAUUCAUUGUUAUGUGUGGGUUUGGAUGAUGUUCGCUUUGUAGGAAUCUGCGGCACAGGUGGCAUUGGCAAGACAACCAUUGCCGAAGCUGUUUAUAAUCAAAUUCGUGAUAAAUUUGAAGGUUGCUGCUUUCUUAAAAAUGUGAAAGAAGCUUCAAAAAAGUAUGGUCUUAUCCAUUUACAACAGCAGCUUCUUUCUAAAAUUUUAAUGGAAGGAAACCUACACAUUGAUAAUCUUAGCAUGGGCAUCAAACUCAUAAAAACUAGGCUUUGCUGUCGAAAGGUUCUCAUUGUUCUAGAUGGCGUGGAUAAUUUGGAACAAUUAGAUUCUUUAUCUGGAAGUCAAGAUUGGUUUGGUUUUGGGAGUAGAAUCAUUGUAACAACCAGGGAUAAGCAGUUGCUCGCUGUGCAUGAAGUGGAGAAAAUAUAUAAAACCAGGAAAUUAGACGAGGAUGAAGCUGUCCAACUCUUUUGCAAGAAGGCUUUUGGGAAAAUAUGCCCUCCAGAAGACUAUGCGGAUCUCUCAAAUGCAGUAGUAAAUUAUGCAAUGGGCCUUCCCUUAGCCCUUAAAGUUUUGGGUUCCUUUUUAUGUGGCAGAAGCAUUGGUGAAUGGGAAAGUGCAUUGAAGAAACUGAAAGGAAAUCCUACAAAUAAAAUCCAAGAAAUUCUUAAUGUGAAUUCUGAUAAACUGGAAAAUAUGGAGUGACGGGCACAAGCAGAGUCUGCCAUUUAUUGAUGAACAAUAAUGUAAGAAUCAUCCCUAAUUUCCUCUUCAUAAUUUAGUUGAAGGCAUAAUCCCUGUCUGAAAUAAAAGAUCUAUGGUUUAGCAAUAAAGCCUUGCCACAGCAAAGAAAGAUGUGGCUAUUUAAAAUUGACUUGACACUAUCUUGAAGAAUAUGAUUAUUUUACUAGAAAAGGGCUAUGCUUGAGCGUUGAUGCUAAUGCAGGUGAAAGGAUACUGGAUGAGUUUAACACAGAACAUUGUGCAGCUAUCAGGAGUCUUGGGAUUUCUUUCUUAUGAGUUAAGGUGUUUUGAUUGGCAUGGAUUCCUUUUUGAAAUCUUGAACAUCCAAGUUUAAAUUGAUUAACGAUGUUGAAGAACUAUUGUUUUAAUGUAAUUUGCUAUUUCUAAAAUUCUUGUAUUUACUAAACUUUAUAUGCUUUUUAAUUUUAUUGAUAGCAUUUUAAGCUGUCAUUGCAAUUUUAAGGUUUA